GAUUUGGAAUUACCGCGCGCACCUGGACCCAACAACGACGCGCUUAUCACGCAACAGUUGUCAAAUCUAUAUGUACUUUACAUAAAUUAUAUUUACAAAGGAAGCGUUAUUUGAAUACGUUUUAUCGGAGAGAUAACUAUGGCAACUAGUAUAGGACUGGCCAUGAAUCCUCCGCACACAGAAGAGAGGGCGGUUUUCACGCAGCUGAAACCUGUGCGGAUGUCUGGAGCUGACGGCGCAGAGGACUCGUCGGUGUUUGAGGAAGUGAAACCCGCGGUGAGAAUGACAUCUUAACCCAGUGGAGGUAGCCCAGGUGCGGCCAGGGGCUCCACCGUAUUCCGCCCUUCUCCUGGUUCAUAUUUUGUAGUCAGUCGAACAGUGGACACUCCCACUCAAGAAAUAGCCUCAACGCGUAAAACUGUAGAAAUUGAUUGUUCCAUUUGGGUGUCCCCCGCUUUUCUCCAAUCACAAUAAACCUAUUCGUAUCAUGCAUAACAGUGAAUAACGUAUUUCAUUGUUCUUGGGAGAAAGAGCACAUGUAGGCCUAUUCAAUAUACAGGAUUUUCCAUAUUCCAAAAAGGUUAGCCUAUGGAAAAGCUUAUAGCAUUGUUACCCACGCGCUACUCGACGCAAGCAUGAUUCCAUAGCCUACUAAUAAUGUUGUUGAAUAGGCCUACAAAUCGAUUAGUCUUUUUUCUAUCAAAGAUUUGUCAGUCCUUUCAUUAUAAAUUCAUAUUUUUCGUGCGUUUCAUUCGUUUGAAGAUAAUUUUAUGAAUAGAUGUAUUUAUUUAGCUGCCACUUUAUCGACAACGAAGUGUGCAAUAAAACCGAAUAGGGUUAAAGCGAGGAAUUUUACAUAGCUCUGUGGAAAACAGGAUCGAACAAGGUGCAAGUAAACUGUAUAAUAUCAUUUAACACAUCGACGAUAUACUUUCUUAUGGGUCAAGACAAAACGGAUUAAUUAAAACCUUAAUUUGGUCACGUUUUUCUUAUAAAUAUGUCCAUAUUAUUAUUAUUAUUAUUAUUAUUAUUAUUAUUAUUAUUACUAAUAUUACUAAUAUUACUAAUAUUACUAAUAUUACAUGCAUUGCAAAAUACUCCAUGUUCUCACUAGAUUCUCACUCAUCAUAUAGUGGGUUCUUUAUUGUGAGAAUCUGUCUUUCCUGCUGAUUUUAAGAGGGUGUGUGUGAGGUGUACCCUUCUGGUGUCGUGUUUUAUGUUUCCCCUGUAACAUCUGGCUGAAUCUCAACCGCUGAACGGGAUCUGAGGUUGUCAAGUUACCUUUGAUGCUCUGUUUUGGUCAAGGAGAUCACUUUGGAAUUCACAGCAAUUAAUUGAUGUGGACUUAUGUUAUCUUAUCUAUCUAUAGCCCCUGGUGUGUUUAACCUAGUUAUGAUUGUCAUUUGACUGUUUUUCUUCAUGGUUGGAUUUAGGCUAAUGAUAGAUAUAAUAUGAAUAGGACCCAUUUCCUUUCAGACAAUAUUGCAAUGAAACAUUCAAGAAGCAUAGUUUUACUUUUUGAAAUGGAACUUAUGAAGUUGAAUAAGUUACUAUUCAUUAUCAGUAAUAAACGUGGCACCACUGUAUCAACAAGAAAGGACACUGUCAUUAGGCUAGUUCCUCUAAUAUAUGCACACAUUCCCAAUAGGACAGGGCACUGGGUUCAUAUGAACUAAAUAUAGGGUCGUUUUGCCUCAGAGACAUGUCUUUGUGUCAUAUAGGAGUUGAUGCUUUAAAGCAGUCUAACGAUGGUGCCUUCCCUGCACUGAAGAUUUGUAAAUGUUUUUUCCUCAGCUGUUAAUGUUCCUUGGAGAAAUCUUGCCCGAUAAAUAACUUUUGAGUUAAGUGUGGGGUUGUUGAAGUGGCAUCUAUGAUUCUUCAGAAUUCUAAAAGGUUCUUGAAAUGUAUGUGUCCCUUUCAUAGCACACAGCAAAUUGGUCAGUGUUAACUAAAUCAAAUCAAAUCAAAUGUUAUUUGUCACAUGCUUCGUAAACAACAGGUGUAGACUAAACUGGAACAACUAUUUAAGUAACGGGUAGAAUGAGUCCAAGUAAUCGUUUAGAAAAAUGUAUGUUAUUUAUAUGUGAGUAGCAUAAGAUUAAUUAAUCAAUAAAUGUUAGUGUUAAUAACCAGAGUUGAACCAAAACCACGCCCAUCAUUAUCAUAUUUCCCAGCAUGCUCUGUUGCAGGAUGAUUUUUAGAAUUGUUUGAUUUUUAUCUAUGUUUUUGCAUGUACAUUUAUUGAUUAAUUAAUCUUAUGCUACUCACAUAUAAAUAACAUACAUUUUUCUAAACUAUUACUUGGACUCAUUCUACCCGUUACUGAAAUAGUUAUUCCAGUUUAGAUGUUUAAGGUAGUCUCAUAUCUUAGUCUUCCUAACCCUGGCAGUCAUUAAAAAAAAAUCUAAAUGUUGGAUAUCCCUACUCUGGCUGGAUUCCAAUAGGAAUUACACAUCGCUUUACGAACCAGCAUAAUGUGACUUGCAGGCCUGAUGGGGCCUGUAAACUAUGAGUUUCAGGCCACUGUAUUAGGGUAAAACUAGGCCCUCAAAAGAAGGUUUUAUGAAGUAUGUAUUGUAUUGUCUUACGGAAUUUCAUUGACAACAUAUUCACUUAGGAUUUCAUUUGGUGAAGGCCACAGGACUGAACAUGAAUUAAUGCAACAACCAUGUCUCUGUCACUAGCAAACACAGUCAUGGGUGGUACUGGUAACUAAAAAAUUCACUCGAAAGGCACCCUGGGAAAUAUGCAAAUAAGGCGUAAAACCCUACAGCAGGGCUAUUAAAAUCUGGUCCUGGAGGGCUGAAUUAUUUAUGGUUUGGGAUUUUUGUAUGGUUCUUCAAAGAACCAUCCCAUUCAUGGUUCUUCAGAGACCCUAAAAUGGUUCAGCUAUGGCAUCGCUCUGAAGAACCUUAUUUGGUUCCAACUUGCGCCUUAAUUUUUAAGAGUAUGGCCAUGCCUGUCGUGACAGCAGUAUGCAGUUAGACCUGUCUGUACAGGGACCUUCUCUAUGGGGCUGCUAGGCUGCUCCAUUUUGUUUGUCCUGCCACAUAUACCAAACUUGCCAAUUGCUAUCAUGAAAGAGGAUCACAAUGGAAAUAAGUUGUAGACUUUUUUGUGUUUAUCCUCAAUGAUUCUUAAUCAUUUUGUAUGUGUACCUUGUUUUAAAUGAUCAAAUAAACUAAACUAAAAAAAAACGUAUCCCUAAUCUAUCUCCAUACUGCUUGGGGCAGGAGGUGGGUGAUACAAUACCAAGCCAGGGAAAGUAACUGCAGGCCAGGGUAGAAAGGCUGAUGGAUGAUCCUAUGUUUCUCUGUAGUUGGCUACUGUUGUGAAACUCCAGUCACUGUGGUUGAAUGCAUUUGGGAAGAUUUUGCUCGAGUCGAAAUGGUAUUCCAAUGACCUUAUCUGAUGUAAUGAAGCACUGUAGUUUCAUUGUGUUACAUUGUCUAUGGUUGCACUGACGCCAUUUAGUUACAUGGGAUUUGUAGAUAUAUUGGUGUAGUUACCUGUAACUGCAUUGUAAUUACAGAGGAAUUAAGGAACAUUUGAGGCAGAAUUUAGACGUAUCUUUCUUCAUUCCCCUAGGUUGUUUUAGGCCAGAGUCAGACUUAAACAGGUCACUUUUGAGACAGAAUUUAGAAGAAAAAAAUUCACAUAUACUUUCAUGCAGUCUGGUAAUCCAUAGCUGAAGGCCUGCAGUCAGUGGGGUUUAGUUUGACUAGUCAUUUGACUGCUAAUGCAACACAGCCCAUUUGCAUCGGGUCUACAGGUCUGCCCCAUUCUCCAACAGUCAUCUCUGGCACACAUCCAUAUAACUACACUAGCUACUGAAAGGAAACCAAAAGUGUUUGGAGGGAACGGUAUAUUACCUUUUAAAUGAAUCUGUUUCAUUCAUAGAUACAUUUAUGUUUUUUUGUGUGUGUUGUAUAUAUUCUAUCAGUCAGAAUCUUAAGAAGUGGCCAUUUUAUUUUGAGCAGGAGAUUUGUGCUGUCUCAUUGAGAUGAGAGGUGAGUUGUAUUUUGUGUAAACAAAGCACCAGUGAGUUGCACCAACAGGGGUGAUGCUAGGUGUGUUUCCCCACGAACAGCCAUUCAGUGGUACACUCCACUUCCUUAUCAUCACGGUGAGAUACAGAUCACGCUCGCUGUAGUAAGUAGACUAGAUGCUUGAUACUAGACAUGAUAGACUUACAGUACCUACCGCACUGCAUUGACUUUACUGUGACCACGUUGAACACUUGUUAGAAUGCUUGUUGAAAGCUUUUAGUUUCCCCAGUGUUCUCGUGUUUGCUUAGUAUUCAAAGAUACAUUUUUCUCCUUGCUAUUCUCUUUGCGUAAAAUGUAGUUUGGUUAACUGAUUGAUUCUAAUGAUGUGUGUUUCAAGCCUGCUGUGGCAUCCUUCUCUAAAACCCAUUGAAUCCUUUGUGGCUGUAUGAAGGUUUACAGUGUAGACAGGAUAAGGACUCACUCCUCUCUAUGUAUGUGGUAUCAUCCCUGUCAAUAAUCAGACUGUAUAUGGCCAGACUACGCUACACUACCAGUCGAACUCUGUGGCCAGACUACACAUCAUUACCAGUCACAUAUUCAUACUCAUACAUGCUUUGACUUUCUUUGACCAGACUGUAUGUCACCACCAGUCAGCUGUCUAAGUCAGGGUUUCAGGCACAUAUAAUUUUUUGUUUGUUGCCCUAGCACCUCACAGCUGAUUCAAAUUAUCAUAGCUUGACGAUGAAUCAGCUGUGUAGUGGUCAGCAACACUCAUAUGACACUACAUUGUUUUUCACAAACCAAGAUGACUGAUUGCCCUCAAAUUGACGGUCCUAGAAAUGCCAGAACAACCCGUAUUAUCAUCAUGCCAGUAGCCAUAAAACAUCCUUUCGGUCUCAAAGGUUCAGUCUCUCUCUCUCUCUCUCUCUCUCUCUCUCUCUCUCUCUCUCUCUCUCUCUCUCUCUCUCUCUCUCUCUCUCUCUCUCUCUCUCUCUCUCUCUCUCUCUCUCUCUCUCUCUCUCUCUCUCUCUCUUUCUGUCUGUCUCUCUAUGUGUGUGUGUGUACGCCAUGGCGUUAGCAGACAACACAAGGGGGGCUAUCAGUCAUCGUUUAUGGAGAUGAUCCCAGAAAACACACACACAUGCGCACACACACACACCAUUUACAAGCAUUCCAGAGAGCCAAAAAGGAUAAUUAGUGAGGAGACAGGACCAUGUGUUUUGUCAUAAGGAGAGAAAGGUCUGUGGGAUAUCCCUGACCCCUGACCUUUGAGCAGGUAAGGAGGAGGCGGAGGAGGAGUGAGGAAGAUGAUGGUCUAUUGGCCUUAAAGUUUGACUUCAAAUGCUAAAGUGCUACUGGUAACAUGGAGGAGUUGGUGCCCAAUUUGGGGGCCACAAGGAACACUUGAGUGGUGUUGUUGGAUGCUGAUUUGGAUGUUAGUUGCAGAUAGAUUUGUAUGGCUAACUAUGGUCUGAAAGGAAUUUGUACUGCAUUAUCGUAUUGGUGGACAGCAUAGUUGCUAUAGUUACUCAUAGUUCACCUUGGUGACUUGGUAUGACAUGUGACAUUAGUCAUCUUUCAUUGCACAGUAUUGUACUCAAAUAUUGUGCAUGAUUGACUUGGCUGGUAUCUUGACUUUAGUUUAAUAUCUAAACUAAAUAUCUGAACUCAAAAUCACAGUCAUGGUCAUGGUCAUGGACCAGAAGUGUGGAAACCCCCCUGGUGGAAUCCCAAAUGGCACCCUAUAUUCCCUACAUCUUGCACUACUUUUGACCAGCCCUAUGGGCCUUGGACAAAAGUAGUGUACUAUGUAGGGAAUAGGGGGACUUUUGGGACGCAGCCUCUGACUCUACCCCAUAACCCAGAAUAGAGCUGAUAAGAAGUUGGCUAUUUUCUUCUCUUCUCUUCUCUGUUAUCUGGGCUUUGGCAUGUAGCAGUUGUAUGGUCUACAAUCAUUAACAGACACAGUCUUGGGGCAGGGUUCAGUGGCACUCCAUUCUUCUUCUGAUACAAAGGGGAUAGACAGGGGAGGGGGAAAGAGGGGGAUAAGGGGGAGAUGGGUAAGUGUAGAAGGAGAGGAACCAGGGUUGUGUUCAUUAGGACACACAGCAGAAAACGUUUAAAAACAUUUUGCAACAGAAAAUGAAAAUGAGCGUUUCUUAUUGUAGUCCUUCCCUCUUUCAGUAUGUUUUAUUCCAUUUGUUGCCUAAUGAACAGGAUCCAGGGCACUCAGGCCAAGUGGAGGCUGCUGAGGGGAGGACGACUCAUAAUAAUGGCUGGAACAGAGCAAAUGAAAUGGUAUCAAACACAUGGAAACCAUCUAUUUGAUACCAUUACACCCAUUUCGCUCCAGCUAUUACCACAAGCCUGCUCUCCCCAAUGAACGUGCCACCAACCUCCUGUGCUCAGGCCAGAGGGGGGACACUGCCAAGGGCACUGGGUUAGCCUGCCUGCCAGCACCCGAAUAACACAAGACCCGUUUGUGCCCUGUCCUGAAAGCAGCAGCUUCAUACAGGAGGAGCUCACAAUACAAAUAAAAAUAAGCCAUUUUCCAGUUAAAUACUUGGUUUUAAUUUCAGUUUCACUCCCUGGUCAGAUUGCACUGAUGGCAGAAGGGGCUGUGGGGCAGAGGUGCUUGAGAGAGACGGUGGGGUUCACUAGUGGUAAAUGGCCCAUUAUAUUCUGGAGGCACACACACAGACACACACUCACACACAGACACACCCUCACACACAGACACACACUCACACACAGGUUGAAGUGCCCAUAAAGCGAUAGCCCUUCAAGAGUUUGUGUAUAAAAACACGUCAACACAGGGGUUGCUAGGGAAGAGAUUGGGAAAUAUAUAUAAUACAGCCAGUGUUGACAUAGCUGGCACUUCAAAUAGCCGUGGAGGUAUAAUAGGCCUGAUGAAAUGUCCUCUCCCCUCCAUUGUACCUGCUGUUGAGUUAGCCAUUAUGUACAGCUGGAUAGAGCCUCAAUAUAUCAACAGCUCAUUGAAUCAUUUGUACACAACCAAUUGGCUGGGCUUUUCCUUGGAUUGGCUCUUUGUGCUCCAGUGUUUGGCCUCAGUAAACCACAGAACCAACAGUGGUGUGUUUGAGUUGCAGCAGAUUUGAUUUAGGCUACAGUUCUUUACUUAGCUGGUAUUCAUUUAGAACUUUCCUAGUAAAAUAGUAAUAGCUUAAUAAGUCCUAUUUUUGCUUCUUAGGAUUCAUUUGAACAAGCCCUUAGGUACAACAUCGUUUCUAAAUGAAAAGCUAGUUAAUCAUCUAUAGUUACAAUGGGCUGAUGGUUUUGUGUGGAGAACUUUCAGUUUUUCUAUUUUAUUUAUCAUCUCUCUCUUCUCUCUCUUCCUCCCUCUCCCUCUGAUAUCUGAUAUGAUCUAGCUGUCUCAUGACAUCUCUGGUAGAAUCCAAUUAUUUCUCUCUGUUCUAUUUAUAGCUGCCAGUGGAGGUGGUGUAGUGUUUUGUGUUUGCUCCUUCUUUCUCAUGCACUCACCUUUGUUUUGGCUGUGUGUUUACCCAGCUAGCACUGCACCCUGCACAGACAGAUCCUGUAGGGCAGGCAGAAGACUAAGUAAGCCAUGUGCACCUCUAUAGGAGGGAGGGACGGUGUGAUAGUUCACACAGACAGGGCUGGGCCUCAACAAUCCCUCUCUGGUAGUUACAGUGCAAUUGUUUCUGGUGGCUUUUCUGCGUGAAAGGAUAAACCCCAUGCAUUGUGUCUACUUUUAAAUGUUUUCCCGUUUGAAGUUACCUCGUAGCAGCACACAUUUAAGGCUUUCCCUACAUCUCACCCUCCCUCCAUAGAACCCCCUCUUCCUCUGAUUCUUCCAUGGCGGUGAGCUCCAUUGGUAGGGUGGAAUGUGAGGAAUGAAAGGGGGAGGAAGGGAGGUUGGAUGCAGGGAGAAAGAGAGUCCUGGUACCACCAGUUCUCCUGGCGUCUCUCUCUAACUGACAUUCCCCAAACAGACUGACAACCAUUAGAGACAGAAACCCCCUCCAUAGGUUAUGUACCUGUGCUAUGUCACUUCCACCUUUAUACCAACACAAUCCCACAUAGUGACAGAAUCAAUCAAAAGCAACUACAGGUUUAGCUGAGAGGGUUUUAAAGAAAUUGAAUGAAAAAGUGAAUUCGUACCCCAACAAGAGACUCCUCCUAGAUGCACGAGUGCCUACCUGUUCAACUUUGGCUCUGUUAUGGAACACCGCUCACUCUCUCUUCCCUCUCUCUCUCUAGAUCCGGUUGGAGAUGGAGAAAUACCUCUCCCAGACCCCAGGCAGCCCCCUCAUUCCUCCCUCCAUGGCCCCCACAGACAAGAAGAACCGUAGAGAGAGCGCCUCAUUGGUUGACGAGUACUUCUCAGAGGAGAAGCCCAACACAGCUCCAUACAGCGUCAACAUCAACCUCAUCCUCCCCAACACCACCCACCUCCGCACUGGUCUGUACCGGCCCAACAAGCCUAACCAGCAGCACCACCAGUCCCACCAAAAUCACCUACUCCAACACAUCAAGACAGAGCCGGGUGUGGAUGUGCCAGUGCCCUGCUCCAUCCAGACCAUCCAGACCUUGCCUGACUUCACGUCUGUCUUCAGCAUGCCCCAGACCGUCAACACCAUGUUUAUCAAAUCCGACAUGGCCGCCGGUGGCCACCCAGUUUCAGACACACACACAGAGCUGUACAUUGGCCCCCAGAAACCACAGGUCUACCAGAUGCCUGUUCCUGUCAGUGGAUCUGACCUCACAAUGACCCUUUCCCACAGCAGCCAACCAGGGACCGGCGGAGCUGGCAACGGUAGAACCAUGCUCAACCUGAACAGCGUCUCCUUGACGACGGUGGGUCACGGCGGUGGUGACUCGUCGUUUGCGAUGCCGGAGCAUUUCUACCACCACCACACCACCGCAUCGCCCCAGUCCCAGCCCCACAGCCUGCCUCCCUCACCCCCCAACUCCCAGCCGGGUAGUCCUGAGAACCAGGCAGAGCUGCUCACCCCUCCUCCCCCCUACCAGGCCUCCACAAGGCUGGGGUUGAAGGUCACCCAGAUGUCCCACCACUCCAUGCUUAUGGCCCACGGACAGGGGGUGCUGACGGGACCCAGGUACAACCGACGGAAUAACCCAGAGCUGGAGAAGAGACGGAUCCACUUCUGUGACUUCCCAGGUGAGCCCCCUGAUACUGGAUGGAUGGAAAGGAAAGGAAAGGAAAGGAAAGGGGGAUACUGGAUGAAUGAAUGAAUGACUGCUCCCAAAGUGCCCUUUUGGUCAUUGAAAGAGAUACUUUGCAAAAGGCUCAUGUGCUUAAGACUAAACCGUGUUUGGUCACAGAUACAGGAGAUGAGUUUCAUGAUUCUGUUAGUUUGCUUACCGAGACAUGGUCAAAUUAAAUACCGUAGAAGUCAAUGUUGAAUACUGCUCCAUUGUCAGUGCAGUGAUACUAACAUCUCUUUUCCCUUGUAGGCUGCACCAAGGUUUACACAAAGAGCUCUCACUUGAAAGCACACCAAAGGACACACACAGGUAAGAAAGAGUAACUUCCACUAUACACUUACACAAAUAGAAACACACACACAGAGACAUACACAUCAUGGAGGCACUAUGGACAGAGGAAAGAAGAGAGACAGAUGGGAAAAAGAGAAGGAAAGAGAGCGAUGGUGGGGAGGGUGUUAUAAACUCUCCUAACAGAUUUUUUCUCAUUGUGUUAAUGCAUGCCCAUACAAGCCCUACCAGGUUUCCCCCAGCCCAGAGAAAGAGAGAGGAAUGAAUGAAGGGAGGGAGGAAACACACAGUCGUGGUGGACUGGGCCAAAACCUGUUCCUCCUGCUUUUCACUCCCUAUUCAGAGGAAAGAGUGGAGGAGGAGGGAGGAGGAAGAAAAGGGGGGAGGGAGCUGGGAUAACGAAAAGAGAGAAGCAGUCACUUCUGUAAAUGGACACCUCUGGCUGAAAAUAUUAGGGAUUACUCAUUCAGAGGAUGAGCGACAGAACAGAAUGAAGCUACAGUAGAAUCUGGAGAAAAUAUCUCUUGGAUGCCAUGAUAGAACGUUUCCAAGCUCUGAGUAGCCUACAAUCUGAUUUCACUCUGUCAUCCAACCAGUCAAUGAUAGACCUGGGGCCAUAUGGCAGGUCUACCCUAAAUCAGCACUCCUACUCUGAGACUCCUGAUACAUACGGGCCCCAGGUCGCUCACAUGUCUUGGGAACUACUAACAUAUGUCAGGUGAAGUCUAGAUACUUAACCAUAUGGCCUCUUCUUUGUUAAUAUUUUAUUUUCAAAUAUGGCCUAUUGUGUGUGUGUGUGUGACUGAGGCAUACCUGGCUGUUCACCAUGUACAGAUGUCUCUUUUGUCUCUGAGAUAUUUCCUGCUGCAUUUACCCACUUCAUAAGUAGGUCUAUCCUAUAUAGCUACUGCUGUACACACCUGUUCUAUUCAUAUACAGCCCAUAAUGUCUAUACACACCAUUGUAUACAUACACUGCCUUUGGAAAGUAUUCAGACCCCUUGACUUUCUCCACAUUUUGUUGCGUUACAGCCUUAUUCUAAAAUGAUUAAAUAAAACAUUUUCCUCAGCAAUCUACACACAAUACCCCAUAAUGACAAAGCGAAAACGUUUUUUUUUGUGUGUGUGCAAAUUUAAAAAACGGAAAUACCUUAUUUACAUAGGUAUUCAGACCCUUUGCUCUGAGACUCAAAAGUGAGCUCAGGUGCAUCCUGUUUCCAUUGAUCAUCCUUGAGAUGUUUCUACAACUUGAUUGGAGUACACCUGUGGUAAAUUCACCAUCUAUAUAAGGUCCAACAGUUGACAGUGCAUGUCAGAGCAAAAACCAAGCCAUGAGGUCGAAGGAAUUGUCCACAGAGCUCCGAGACAGGACUGUGUCGAGGCACAGAUCUGGGGAAGGGUACCAAAAAAUGUCUGCUGCAUUAAAGGUCCACAAGAACACAGUGGCCUUCAUCAUUCUUAAAUGGAAGAAGUUUGGAAUCACCAAGACUCUUCCUAGAGCUGGCCGCCCGGCCAAACUGAGCAAUCGGUGGAGAAGGGCCUUGGUCAGGGAGGUGACCAAGAACCCAAUGGUCACUCUGACAGAGCUCUAGAGUUCCUCUGUGGAGAUGGGAGAACCUUCCAGAAGGACAACCAUCUCUGCAGCACUCCACCAAUCAGGCCUUUAUGGUAGAUUGGCCAGAUGGAAGCGACUCCUCAGUAAAAGGCACAUGACAGCCCGCCUGGAGUUUGCCAAAAGGCACCUAAAGACUAUCAAACCUUGAGAAACAAGAUUCUCUGAUCUGAUGAAACCAAGAUUGAACUCUUUGGCCUGACUGCCAAGUGUCACCUCUGGAGGAAACCUGGCACCAUCCCUAUGGUGAAGCAUGGUGGUGGCAUCAUGCUGUGGGGGUGUUUUUCAGCGGCAGGGACUGGGAGACUAGUCAGGAUCAAGGCAAAGAUGAACGGAGCAAAGUACAGAGAGAUCCUUGAUGAAAACCUGCUCCAGAGCGCUCAGGACCUAAGACUGUGGCGAAGGUUCACCUUCCAACAGGACAAUGACCCUAAGCACACAGCCAAGACAACGCAGGAGUGGCUUCAGGACAAGUCUCUGAAUGUCCUUGAGUGGCCCAGCCAGAGCCCAGACUUGAACCCGAUCAAACAUCUCUGGAGAGACCUGAAAAUAGCUGUGCAGCAACGCUCCCCAUCCAACCUCAGAACUUGAGAGGAUCUGCAGAGAAGAACGGGAGAAACUCCCCAAAUACAGGUGUGCUAAGCUUGUAGCGUCAUACCCAAGAAGACUCGAGGCUGUAAUAGCUGCCUAAGGUUUCAACAAAGUACUGAGUAAAGGGUCUGAAUACUUAUGUAAAUGUGAUAUUUCCAUUUAUUUUAUUUUAAUAAAACCUGUUUUUGCUUUGUCAUUAUGGGGUAUUGUUUGUAGAUUGAUGAGGGGGAAAAACAAUUGAAUCCAUUUUAGAAUAAGGCUGUAACGUAACAAAAUGUGGAAAAAGUCAAGGGGCCUGAAUACUUUCUGAAUGCACUGUAUCAGGCUGAUGAGGCCCCCUGCCCUCUUGACAAACAGAAACAGUUGAUAAAGCUAAGAGGCUCACAAAGGAUGUCCUGUGGAUGGUUUAUGGGCUUCACAGAGAGUUGGGACUGUUUGCUGUCUUUCAGUAAAAUCAUGUAGGCACCAUCAUAAAACAGACAAUGGCCCUUCAGGAGAGAAGAGUGUGCUUGUGUGUGUUCUACGUGCGUGCGUGUGACGUGCGUGCUUGUGUGUUAGGCUGAUAAAAACUAAACCGUUGCACAACUACCACCUGACCAAAUAGCUCAAGUGUAUUAUUGUGAUGCUGUUAGUUGAACAGCUCUCUUAUCUAGACCUCAGCAACAUUCACAGCAUCACAGCCCUAACCUGUGGUUUGGAGAACAACCAAUUGCACCUGACCCUCUGUUAGCUUGAUUAGGGAUCAAAUCAGAUAACGUGUGCAUCUCAAAUGGCACCGUAUUCCCUAUAUAGUGCAAUACUUUUGACCAAAGCCCUAUGGGGCCUUUUCAAAAGUAAUGCACUAAAUAGGGAAUACGGUGCCAUUUGGGACGCAGUCAACAUGUUUGAUCUGUGGGCCUGUAUGUGCAGGCCUGUCUCAUUAUAUUGUUUACCAAUGCCAUGAUAAUGGCAAGGAGGGAGAGGCGAUGCUUUUGACCCAGAGAUGAGAGCAGAGCUAGACUGAACUCAAAUACACCUGCCUGCACUGCUGAAAGACACUAAUAACAGCUUGAACUCCCCAAAACACACACACACACACACACACACACACACACACACACACAUACCUCACCCUCCACCCCUGGCCCCUCUCACCCAAUGCCCCCAUGACCCUCUGGGCCCCUGCUUCAGUAGUCAUUGUCAAUUAGCUGUUGUUAAUGAGUAAUACUCUCUAUCUAAUCAGUACUAAUGGGGUCCUCCCUUACAACAAAAACAUGUGAAAUGUGUAGUUGAAAUGGCUGUUUUCACAAGUUGAGCUUAAAUUAUGUUAACACCACUUUUUCUCAUGUGAGGAGAAUAGCAUGUUUUCACCUCACGUGAAUUGCAGUUUCACUUAUUUGUGAGCCAACCACUGUUGUAGUCCUUCAUGGUGUUGCAUUGAUAUACAGAUAACUGCCAAAAUAAAGGAAACACCAACCAAGUGUCCUAAUAGGGCAUUGGGCUACCACGAGCCAGAACAGCUUCAAUGCACCUUGACAUAGAUUCUACAAGUGUCUGGAACUCUAUUGGAGGGAUGCGACAUCAUUCUUCCAUUAGAUAUUCCAUAAUUUGGUGUUUUGUUGAUGGUGGUGGAAAACGCUGUCUCAAGCGCCGCUCCAGAAUCUCCCAUAAGUGUUCAAUUGGGUUGAGAUGUGGUGACUGAGACGACCAUGGUAUAUGGUUUACAUUGUUUUCAUGCUCAUCAAACCAUUCAGUGAACACUCGUGCCCUGUGGAUGGGGGAAUUGUCAUCCUACGAGGGCAUAGCGAUGGUAGCCAAAAUAUUAUUUAUUUCAUGUGUUUAAUGUAAUCCAAUAAAAUGUCUGUCCCUCAUUUUAAGGUCAACCCUGUUACGUAAACUGAACUCUCGUUUUAAUAUGGUGAAACUAUUCCUUUUAAAAUAUUUCUUUCAAAAUAAACACUGAACAUCUAAUAGUCAAAUCAUAGUGUAAAAGCAGGUGAGCUGGUUCUACUCUUUUUGGCCAUUUUCUGGUGUUUUGUGGUGAAAAACUGAACGGGUCGAGCAUAACGCAUCAACCCUGUUACCCAUAGAUAGACAGGCUAGAAAUAUUUUAAUUUAAUUUUUACCUUAAUUCUUUGGGGUGAAGCUUGCAUUCAAUUGCCCCUCCCUGUUGUACAAAACAAGCUUCCAUUCCCCCUGACACAAGGGGUUUUAUGGCUGAUUUAAGAUGAAAUCGUUACUUUAUUUGGCACUUAAAAGGCACUUAAAAUAGUCAAUAGAAAAUGUGUUUUUAUUAAGUUGAUUGUGCUCUAUCCAUCUAUCCAUCCAUGCUGCUUUGGAGUCUUAUUUAGAAAGGAAUUCAUAACUGUAGGGCUAUACAGUUGUGUGUCCUUUCAGGCUCUUUCUCUUUCUGUCCCCCUGGGGAAACAUUUUAUUGUGUGUCAACAUCAAAAUCUUAUCAAAGCUUACAUUUAGUAUCCAGUCAACAUGAGUUUAUGCUGAACCCAUAUAAUCCUCUCUGAGUGAAUAGCCAGAUGUUGGUAGGGGAUGUACCUGCUUUAACAUGCCCACUGAUGUGUGUGUGUGUGUGUGUGUACAGUGUGUUUGACAGUAUGUUUACCACACCCUGUUGAAGACAUCACUGCCAACACGGUUGUGAAAUAAAUGAAAAUAGUGAUAUGAAGAAUAGUCUACAACUCUCAUCUCUUUCUCAAAACAACUGUACGGUAUAUUCUGCACUCUCACUCCCUGUCACAUUACAGAGUGUCACACAUCCCUGUCUUAACAGCCACACAGGCUUCACCAGGUUUUGACAUACCCAUACUCAUCGGACAGACAGUGUAUUUAGUCCUCUCUUCCCUCUUCUCUCUCUCUCUCUCUCUCUCUCUCUCUCUCACUCUCACUCUCUCUCACACUCUCUCUCUUUGUGUUUCAGGAGAGAAACCAUACCGUUGCAGCUGGGAGGGCUGCGACUGGCGUUUCGCCCGCUCUGACGAGCUGACGCGACAUUACCGUAAACACACGGGAGCCAAGCCCUUCAAGUGUGUGGCCUGCAGUCGUUGUUUCUCCCGUUCAGAUCACCUGGCCCUACACAUGAAGCGCCACCAGAAC